GGCACUUUCACAGGACUCCUGGCAGAGGUGAAUGGCUAGCCCUAUGGAUUUGGCUUGUUGAUUUUGACAAAUGAUUGAUUGCUUUCAGACAGACAGCGCUGAAGGACUUUUAGUGGAUUUUUAUUUAAUUCUGCACUUUUAAAUUGCCUGGGAAAUUGUUAAUAUUGUAUUGGAUGGGACUAAAGGUAAACUUAACUCCUUGCUUUUGACUUGACCUAAAACUAUAAGGUGGGGUGAGUUAUAGUUAGUUGCUUUGCAUGUGCCCAGAUCUUCCCUAUAAAUCAAGGCAACCUGCAGUCACCCCAUAGUAAGCCUACACAUACAGGUAUUAACUUGAGCAGAAUAACAAUGUCCACAACAAGGAACAAGGACACAUUCCAGCUACUGGUCAUACCUUGGCUAGUGCUCCUCUUAUUACCUAGCACUUUCUGUGCUUCGUGCGAACCUGUGCGGAUUCCCAUGUGCAAAUCUAUGCCAUGGAACAUGACUAAGAUGCCCAACCAUCUCCACCACAGCACUCAAGCCAAUGCCAUCCUGGCAAUUGAACAGUUUGAAGGUUUGCUGACAACUGAAUGUAGCCAGGACCUUCUGUUCUUUCUGUGUGCCAUGUAUGCCCCCAUUUGUACCAUCGAUUUCCAGCAUGAGCCAAUUAAGCCUUGCAAGUCUGUGUGUGAAAGGGCCAGGGCUGGCUGUGAGCCCAUUCUCAUCAAGUACCGGCACACUUGGCCAGAGAGCCUGGCAUGUGAGGAGCUGCCCCUAUAUGAUAGAGGAGUCUGCAUCUCCCCAGAGGCUAUCAUCCCAGUGGAACAAGGAACCGAUUCGAUGCCAGACUUCUCCAUGGAUUCAAACAAUGGAAACUGUGGAAGCACAGCAGGUGAGCAUUGUAAAUGCAAGCCCAUGAAGGCUUCCCAAAAGACAUAUCUCAAGAAUAAUUACAAUUAUGUAAUCAGAGCAAAAGUGAAAGAGGUGAAAGUGAAAUGCCAUGAUGCAACAGCAAUUGUGGAAGUAAAGGAGAUUCUCAAGUCUUCCCUAGUGAACAUUCCUAAAGAUACAGUGACACUGUACACCAACUCAGGCUGCUUGUGCCCCCAGCUUGUUGCCAAUGAAGAAUACAUAAUUAUGGGGUAUGAAGAUAAAGAGCGUACCAGGCUUCUAUUAGUGGAAGGAUCCUUGGCCGAAAAAUGGAGAGAUCGUCUUGCUAAGAAAGUCAAGCGUUGGGAUCAAAAGCUUCGACGUCCUAGGAAAAGCAAAGACCCCGUGGCUUCAAAUACCAACAAAAACAGCAAUUCCAGACAAGCACGUAGUUAGAGUAAUGGAAAGAUGUAUGGAAACUCCAUGAACUUUAAUACUAAGAUUUGCAUUGUUCGAAGAGCAGAGAAAAAAUUGCACUACGGCACGUUAUAUUCUAUUGUUUACUACAAGAGGCUGGUUUAGUUGAUUGUAGUUCUCCUUUCCUUCUUUUUUUACAACUAUAUUUGCACGUGUUCCCAGGCAAUUAUUUUAGUUCAACUUCCAGCUAGCAGAGCAGUGACUGAAUGUCUCAGCCUGAUGAAGCUCAGUUUAUUUCUGAUCGACUAAUGGUGACAAGUGUUUGAUACUUUGCCAAAGGGACGUGAUUGCUGUGGUAAAUCAGAGAGAGAAAAAAAAGUUGACCAAUGUUGCUUCUUCUGUAGAUGAACAAAUGAGAUAUCACAUUGAAAUGAUGGCUUUGAUCACUUUCCGUUUAAUACUUUUCAGCAUUUUUAGUUAGACAACAUGUGGCAUGUGCCUGAAUCUGAAUAUUUUAUUAUAAAUGAAGAGCUGGCUUAGACUGUAUGGUCUCUGUUGGGAAAGGAAAUGCCUACUUUGUCAAUUCUGUUUUAAAAAUUGCCUAAAUAAAUAUUAAGUCCUACA